AUGAGUUAUUUUACCAACAAAGUCCUGGAAAUAAGGAAUCGAAAAAGAAAUGGAUCAGAGUCAAGUGCCAAUGGGAGUGUAGCAAGUGUACCUAAUUCAAGCAAAAUCUCGGUCAAUUCAAAAGAGAACAAAUCAGCACUGUACGAUGAGCCGAGCCAAAACGAAGGCCACAAUAGUCAAUUGUACCUUGAACAACUCCAACAAAUGGCAAAUCAGCCGGCAUUUACAAAUACACCUUACAUGAUUGACGAAGAGCAGUAUUCUAGUUCAACCUAUUCAACCUCAACUCCAAUUCUAAAUCAUACCAUCUCGAAUACCCAGGGAUCCAGUAAUGGGCAUCAUCACUCAUAUAUACCCAGCUACACCCCGUUAUUCUCUACAAGUGAAGAAAAAAAAACUCAUCAAGCCAAUGGCGAUGUUCAGGUUGACUCAUUUGGCCAAUGGAAUGAUAUUAUGGAAGACACAUCAAGCACAGGCGAUGACAAUUAUGAUUUAAGCUACUCUGCUUCACAUUCUGGAAUCUCCACAAGACAGAAUAUUGAUCAGGCAAGCCAGCCUGGUACUGUAUCGACAGACAGAGAUUUCAUCUUGACAAAGGUUGAUUUGCUUGAAGUACAAGUAAGCGAGCUAUCCAAGGCGAUGGAGAAGCUCCGGGUCGAGAAUUUGAAACUCGUCAAAGAAAAAAAUAGUACAUCAAAGGAUCUGGAGCAACAGCUAAUUGUUUUAAAAAAGCAACUCGCCAAGAAACAAGACGAUGAACAGUUGCUCCAAACCGACAUUUAUAGCAACGUUUUCUUUAUCUUUUACUUUAUCUUUUAUUGUAUGAAACACUGUUUUAUUAAUGGCCAGAGCACUAUAAUGAUGUAUUUGGAAGGAUCAAAGAGCAAUGAAGGAGAAAAGAAGAAAAGUGACCUGAAAGCCUAA